AUGCCUCUGCAGAUAACCUGUCCCACUAAGAGGCAACAGGUGGUGAGAAUAACCUUCUGUUCAAGCUCAUGGACAGGUUUCAAUGAUAACUCAAUCCUAGAUCGCAAAUUUUAUAACCUGAACUGGAUGAAGGAUAUACCUGAGAAUACUCCAGUAUCUGCUAUCGCCAUUCCAGGAACACACGAAAGCUUAUCAUUACAUGGAGGACCACUUGUUAAAUGUCAAAUUUGGACCUUAGAAGACCAACUUAAUGUGGGAAUCCGGUAUUUUGAUGUGCACGCUGGGAUUUGGCUCCCCAACCAAAAACACAUUUAUGUCCAGGAUAGACACUGGAUGUUUUGGCAACACAUUCGAUUGGAUGAAGUCCUACCAAUCAUUUUAGAUUUCUUAAAAGAUACAUCAAGAAUUAAAAGUCCUAAAAUGUUUGCCAAAAAAGUAAACAAGCAGCUUUAUAACUUUGUGGUGCAGCAUAAGAAUAGCUCCUUAAAUCAAGGUUGCUUAGGUGUCUUGAGCAUGAACUUCCCAAGUGCUGAUCUUAUUCAAAACAUCAUUCAACUCAAAACAUGCAGUUGUGGAAUCUCCAACAUCUGA